GCUGGCAAGCCUACAGAACUAACCUGCACCUAUACCCAAAGUGUUAAGAGAGCUAAAGAAUCAAUGUAAGCCAAGGAAAUGGGAUGAAAUAAUUCCAGGCAAGAGGGAGCAGCGUGUGCAAGGGCAGUGUGAGCACGAAACAUGUUCUGAACAGCCGGAGCGUAGAGAGAGCAAGGAGGAAAGCCACAAGCUAGGAAACUAGAGAAGUAAAGGUUUCUUCCAAGGUGAAUUCCAGUUGGCAUCCAGCAUCCUCCUUCUCUUCCUCUUCAGUGCCAACCAUAAAGCUCUUCAUUGGUGGGAAGUUUAUUGAAUCCAAAAGUGACAAAUGGAUUGACAUCCACAACCCUGCCACCAAUGAGCUCAUUGGUCGGGUCCCUCAAGCCACCAAGGCUGAAAUGGAUGCAGCAGUUUCUUCCUGCAAGCGUGCUUUUCCUGCAUGGGCAGACACUUCAAUAUUAAGCCGUCAGCAGGUCCUGCUCCGCUAUCAACAACUCAUUAAAGAAAACUUGAAAGAAAUUGCCAAGUUAAUCACAUUGGAACAAGGGAAGACCCUGGCAGAUGCUGAAGGAGAUGUAUUUCGAGGCCUUCAGGUGGUUGAGCAUGCCUGCAGUGUGACAUCCCUCAUGCUGGGAGAGACCAUGCCAUCCAUCACCAAAGACAUGGACCUUUAUUCUUACCGUCUGCCUCUCGGAGUGUGUGCAGGCAUCGCUCCGUUCAAUUUUCCUGCCAUGAUCCCCCUCUGGAUGUUUCCCAUGGCCAUGGUGUGUGGAAAUACCUUCCUGAUGAAACCAUCAGAGCGAGUCCCUGGAGCCACUAUGCUCCUUGCCAAGUUGCUCCAGGACUCCGGUGCCCCUGAUGGAACACUGAAUGUCAUCCAUGGACAACAUGAAGCUGUAAACUUUAUUUGCGAUCAUCCGGAUAUCAAAGCAAUCAGCUUUGUGGGAUCCAACCAGGCGGGAGAGUACAUCUUCGAGAGAGGGUCAAGACAUGGCAAGAGAGUUCAAGCCAAUAUGGGAGCGAAGAACCACGGGGUAGUCAUGCCAGAUGCCAAUAAGGAAAAUACUCUGAACCAGCUGGUUGGGGCAGCAUUUGGAGCAGCUGGUCAGCGCUGCAUGGCUCUUUCAACAGCGAUCCUUGUGGGAGAAGCUAAGAAGUGGCUGCCAGAGCUGGUAGAACGUGCCAAAAACCUGAGAGUCAAUGCAGGAGACCAGCCUGGGGCUGAUCUUGGCCCUCUGAUCUCCCCACAAGCAAAAGAGCGAGUCUGUAAUCUGAUUGAUAGUGGAACAAAGGAGGGAGCUUCUAUCCUUCUUGAUGGCCGAAAUAUUAAAGUCAAAGGUUAUGAGAAUGGAAACUUUGUUGGACCAACUAUCAUCUCAAAUGUCAAGCCAAAUAUGACCUGUUACAAAGAGGAGAUUUUUGGCCCAGUUCUUGUGGUUCUGGAAACAGACACUUUGGAUGAAGCCAUCAAGAUUGUAAAUGACAAUCCAUAUGGAAAUGGAACUGCCAUCUUCACUACCAAUGGAGCCACUGCUCGGAAAUAUUCCCACUUAGUGGAUGUCGGACAGGUAGGGGUGAAUGUGCCCAUUCCAGUGCCUUUGCCAAUGUUCUCAUUCACUGGCUCUCGAUCUUCCUUCAGGGGAGACACCAAUUUCUAUGGCAAACAGGGCAUCCAAUUCUAUACUCAGCUAAAGACCAUCACUUCUCAGUGGAAAGAAGAAGAUGCUACUCUUUCCUCACCCGCUGUAGUCAUGCCUACCAUGGGCCGCUAGAGACGAGUUUGUUCCAGACUCAAUCCAUCCUGAGUAAUCUCCCUGUAUUCUCCACCAACUCUAACUGCCAACUUAACUCAGAUUAGAUCCCUGGGAUUGGAAUAUUUUGUAACUAAAAUCUUUCUCAGGACCACUAACCCUUGCAGAGUUGCUAAUAGGAAGACUCUAACUGUGAAAUGCUUACCUGAAAUGAGAUUCUAGACCUUGUUUUCUAAAGAUUCUCCGCUUUUCUGAUGACUUGAAGGAAAGGAACAUUAAUGUGUAAAGAAGAUUUUCCAUUAAUUGGAAGAGGAUCUCUUGAAUGGGGAAAUACGUCAAAAAUAAUUCACCCUUUAGCUGAUCCUCAAACACAACCCUACAUAAAUGCCACUGGGUGAGAUUCCUCUGCCAAGCUUUCCUUAGCCUCUCUUCUAGCCACAUACACAAGAUACAGUCCAUUUCUACUUAGCCUAACAGUUGUGACAACCACUUCUUUCUUUCCUGCUAGUGCCACUUUGUCCUACUGUUUCAUGACCACUAAUUCUAUCAUUGUCACUGGUUCUGCUUCAUUUAUUUUUUAUUUUUGGGCCACACCUAUGGCAUAUGGGAGUCCCCAGGCCAGCAACUGAAUCCAAACCUAAGCUGCAACCUACACUGCAACUGUGGUAAUGCUGGAUCCUUAACCCACUGCACUGGGCUGGGGACCAAACUGGCUCUGCCUGGGAGAAAACGCUGGAUCCUUAGACAACUGCUGUUCCUGCUUCUUAAAACUGCUUCUCAGGGAUACCUGAGCAUGCAUUGGAUAAGUCAACUUGUUUUGUGUGUGCCAAGCAUUAAAUUUCAGUGGAUGCUUCAGCAACCAUUAA